CCCCGGACCACAGCAGGACCGGGGCCUGGGAUGGCUGUGUUCUGGAAGGCAGCGGCCUGCCGGCGGUGUCCAGUCUGAGGAAGGGGGCGGGGGCCAGAGGCUGGGGGGAAGGGAGGGCGGGACAGGGCCCCAGGGUGGGGUCUGCUUCUGUGCUGUCUCCCCCGUGCAGCGUGACCCUCCUCCUGUUCAACACGUCCCGGAGGAGCCUGGUGCUGGUGAAGCAGUUCCGGCCAGCCGUGUAUGCGAGCGCAGUGGAGCGCCUCUUCCCGGAGUCCCUGGCGGUCGGAGCCCAGGAGGGGCCUCGGGAGCUGCGGGCGGCGCUGCCCGGCGCGGCGGGGGUGACGGUGGAGCUGUGCGCCGGCCUCGUGGACCGGCCGGGGCUCUCGCUGGAGGAGACAGCCUGCAAGGAGGCUUGGGAGGAGUGCGGCUACCGCCUGGAGCCCUCGGCCCUGCGGCGGGUGGCCACUUACAGGGCUGGCGUGGGACUGACCGGCUCCAGCCAGACCAUGUUCUAUGCUGAGGUGACGGAAGACCAGCACAGUGGACCGGGCGGAGGUGUGGCGGAGGAGGGUGAGCUCAUUGAAGUGGUGCACCUGCCUCUGGAUGGUGCCCAGGCCUUUGCCAGCGACCCAGACAUCCCCAAGACCCUCGGCGUCCUAUUUGCUAUCUCUUGGUUCUUCGGCCAGAUAGCCCCCCGCCUGGAGCUCCAGCGAGACACGGAGGCCCUUCCCGACCACUCGCCCUCCACCUUGCAGGACCAAUAAAGCUCGCGGAGGGAUA